CGCCUUCUAAAGGCAUACAGUAGUAAAUGGAGAGAGAGGGCUGGUGAAGUAGGGGAAAGAAAGAAGGUGAAAACUAAAAGGCUCCGUGAAAGAGGGGGGAAAAGAAAAAAUGCCUUGAGGUCUCAUCUCACAAGCUUGAGGCCUUUACAGAGGCGGUGCAAUUUGGGGAAAGAAGGUUAAAACUAAAAGCAUCCGUAAAAAAGAGGGGGUGAAAAGGAAAAAAAGUCUCCCAUCUGAAACCUAUCGUUAUUGAUCUUGUUGUUUUUCGCCCUUGCUUUUUUAAAAAAACAAUAAAAAACAAUAAAAGUUUUCCUUCUAACAACGUCUCGUCACCCACCCAGACACGGAGCCGUUGCCUGUCACCGGCCGACCCCUCCCUCAGCAUCUUCCACAUAUGAGAGAUCAACCACCCGAUCGAUGUGCUUAUACCAUGCGUUGUGACUACCAUGACGAUUCCCCGGUGCAACGCCACCACCAUGAGAUGAGGAUAUUUCAUCCAUACCGCUGAAGUGCUGAUUUCUCUUUCAAGGAGAAGGCCCGGAAGAGGGAAGGAGGAAUUUACGGCUAUGGAGUUUGGAUCGGUAAUGCUGCUGGAAACCCUUCGAUCCCACCUGAAAAUGGAAACCCAGAUGUCCGUGCUAUWGUUUCAUGGUUUUGGGUUGUGGUUUUUGCCGGUGGAAGAAAACUAGCCGUCUGUACGAAGUUUCCCACUAUUCCUUCCCUAUUUUCCUUUUCUCCUUUUCGUUCUUUCUUUUUUUUUUUUUCAUCCUUUAUUUGCUUAGGGUUUCGGUCUCUCGUUUUGUUCGACUGGGUUGGUUGAGAAAUGGAGGGUUAUAAUCAGCUGAACCACAACAGUACAAGGGGAAGUUUUGUAUAUACCUCUCCGGUUCUUGCACCCAAUUCCUCUCUCUAUGGAAGAACAAGCAGUGGGUCUAAUGUCAAUCGUAAUCAGCAGAUCCAGGUUCCAGUCAACUCCUUUCAUCCUGAAUCAGGUGAGUGUUAUCCCUCUGAAGCACCACCUAUCGUCAAGACCGAAGCAAGCUCCUCCCAACAAAUUCAAGAAUUUCGGUACCCUUUAGUUAGAGGAGGACAGCAAACCGUACAGCAUCAUCAACAAGAACAACGAGGGAAUGGGAGCUCAAGCGAGGUUGAUGUCAUUAAGGCUAAGAUCAUCGCCCACCCUCAGUAUUCCGACCUUUUGGAAGCUUACAUGGAAUGCCAGAAGGUCGGAGCUCCACCUGAAGUAGUUGCCCGGCUCGCGGCCUUUCGCCGGGACUUGGAGACGCGGCAGCGAUUUCCAAUCACUUGCAGAGAUGUUUCUACAGAUCCUGAGCUAGAUCAAUUCAUGGAAGCUUACUACGAUAUACUAGUAAAAUAUCGAGAGGAGCUAACCAGACCUUUACAAGAAGCGAUGGAGUUCAUGCGAAGGAUCGAAGCCCAGCUUAACACGCUAAGUCAUGGGCCCGUACGGAUCUUCUCUGCAGAUAAGUUUGAAGAAGUUGGUUCCUCUGAAGAGGAUCAAGGCAAUAGUGGAGGUGAAAUGGAACUCCCAGAGGUCGACCCACGUGCUGAAGAGAGAGAACUUAAAAGUCACUUAUUGAGGAAGUAUAGUGGCUACUUAAGUAGCCUCAGGCAUGAGCUUUCCAAGAAAAAGAAGAAAGGGAAACUGCCAAAAGAAGCCAGACAGAAGCUACUCAAUUGGUGGGAGCUACACUACAAAUGGCCAUAUCCAUCAGAGACGGAGAAGGUGGCCUUGGCAGAAUCAACUGGUUUAGACCAGAAACAAAUAAAUAACUGGUUCAUAAACCAGAGGAAGCGGCAUUGGAAACCUUCGGAAGAUAUGCAAUUUGUUGUUUUGGAUGGGCUCCAUCCCCAGAAUGCCGCAUUAUACUUGGAAGGUCACUUUAUGAGUGAUGGGUCUUACCGUCUGGGUCCAUGACCAUAAAGGGAUGGUUGGUUACUUAUCACCAUCUGUGGCAGAGCAGGAAAGAUGAAUUCUUGCCAUGUGAUUGUUUUGUUGCAACAUUUUGUUUUGGUCAUCUCCUCCUUGUAUGCUCAAUAUUUAUUUAUUGUUAGAAUUGUUUUCAUUGUGGUGUCAAUAUAUAUAUAUGUUCGGAGUUUGACAUGA